GUGCCUAAGACCUCGGGCCUGGGCUGGGGUGCUCAGUGCCAGGGGUUCGAGUGUGCAGGUUGGGAGAGGGCCAAGGGAGGGGGUCGCCAGUGUGCAGGUCAGGGGAGGGCCAUGGGUGGAGAGUGCAGGUCGGAGGAGGGCUGGAGUUUUGGUACCCAGAUCUGAUCCCCUGCAGAAAGUGGGGAAGGACUUAAGGCUCGCAGAAGCUGCCAAGGCCCCUCCUCCAGUCUGCGUCACCAUGGCAACCGCAGCCUCGGUCUCGGCUUUAACCCUCUCCCCCUACCCGUCGCGAAGCGUCUGGAACCGCAUCCUGAACACCCACAGCCACAUCUUCGUCCUGUCCUCCGGCCAGCGCGCCCUCCAGCAGCUGCCGCCUGACAAGAAGCACCACCCACCAUGGUGAAACUUGGCUGCAGCUUCUCUGGGAAGCCUGGCAAGGACCCUGUGACCCAGGAUGGGGCUGCCUCAGACAGCGCCCCUCUCAUCAGCCCUUUGGAUGUAAGCCAGCUGCAGCUGCCUUUCUCGGACCAGGUGGUUAUCAAGACGCACACUGAAUACCAGCUGUCCCCGGACCAGGCCAAGACAUUUCCAGAUCUGGAGGGCCAGAAGCUGGCCUGCAGCCAUCCGGAUGACGGACGCAAGCUGCCCACCGCGAGGAUGAUCGCCUUCGCCAUGGCGCUGCUGGGUUGCGUGCUCAUCAUGUACAAGGCCAUCUGGUAUGACCAGUUCACCUGUCCCGACGGCUUCCUGCUCCGGCACAAGAUCUGCACGCCACUGACUCUGGAGAUGUACUAUGCAGAGAUGGACCCUGCACGCCACCGCAGCGUCCUGGCGGCCAUUGGCGCAUACCCACUGAGCCGCAGGCAUGGCACAGAGGUGCCGCUGCCCUGGGCUGAGAACCCACGGGUUCCCAAGGAGCAGCGCAAGGCACCCACCACGGUGGUGGCAGUGGUAGCCACAGAUCCCCCCAGGAAGAUCUCGGCCAAGGGCGAAGAGGAGCUGUCGAUAAAGGAGCCCUCUGGCAGUGUGCUGCCCCCGCAGUGAUGCCUCAGUGAUUGGCACUGCCUGGCAGGUACUUGUGGUGCACGCCCCCAAUGCCACAGUCCAG